AUGGCGCUCCAAACGGUCGGCAUCGCUGUCGUCGCUGUGAUCUAUUUUCUCAUCCGCUACUUCAACCGCACAGACGUCCCCAAGAUCAAGGGUCUGCCUGAGGUCCCUGGGAUACCAAUCUUCGGCAACCUCAUCCAGCUCGGUGACCAGCAUGCAACGGUAGCGCAGAAAUGGGCGAAGAAGUUUGGGCCUGUCUUCCAGGUUCGCAUGGGAAAUAGGCGCGUCAUCUUCGCAAACACCUUCGAUUCCGUCCGUCAGCUCUGGAUCAAAGACCAAUCCGCCCUCAUCUCCCGCCCAACCUUCCAUACCUUCCACAGUGUCGUUUCUAGCUCUCAGGGUUUCACAGUUGGAACGUCGCCGUGGGAUGACUCGUGCAAGCGCCGUCGCAAGGCGGCAGCCACGGCGCUGAACCGCCCUGCUACGCAGUCUUACAUGCCGAUUAUUGACCUCGAGUCGAUGUCGAGUAUUCGGGAGCUGUUCAGGGAUAGCAAGAACGGAACGGUGGACAUCAACCCGACGGCGUACUUCCAGCGGUUUGCGCUGAACACGAGUUUGACUUUGAACUAUGGCAUCCGAAUUGAGGGCAAUGUUGAUGAUGAGCUUCUGCGUGAAAUUGUUGACGUCGAGCGCGGGGUCUCGAACUUCCGGAGUACCAGCAACCAGUGGCAGGACUAUAUCCCGCUUCUGAGGAUUAUCCCGAAGAUGAAUCGCGAGGCUGACAGUUUCCGUGUGCGGAGAGAUAAAUAUCUUACCUAUCUUCUUGAUGUCCUCAAGGAUCGCAUCGCUAAAGGAACGGACAAGCCUUGUAUUACCGGAAACAUCUUGAAGGAUCCCGAAGCUAAGCUUAACGACGCCGAGAUCAAAUCAAUCUGCCUGACCAUGGUCUCUGCCGGUCUCGACACCGUCCCCGGUAAUCUCAUCAUGGGCAUCGCCUACCUCGCCUCCGAAGACGGCCAACGGAUCCAAAAGCGCGCCUACGAAGAAAUCAUACAAGUCUACCCGGACGGCGACGCAUGGGAAAAGUGUCUCGUCGAAGAAAAGGUCCCCUACGUGACUGCCCUCGUCAAAGAAACCCUCCGUUUCUGGACCGUCAUCCCAAUCUGCUUGCCGAGAGAAAGCACAAAGGACAUCACAUGGAAUGGCGCCGUUAUCCCCAAGGGCACCACCUUCUUCAUGAAUGCAUAUGCCGCAGACUACGAUGAUACGCACUUCAAAGACCCGCACGCCUUCGAGCCAGAGCGCUACCUCUCUGCAGCAUCCGAUGGCUCGGGGACACCCCACUACGGCUAUGGCGCCGGCUCGCGCAUGUGCGCUGGUUCGCAUCUUGCUAACCGGGAGCUUUUCACUGCGUAUGUCCGUCUCAUCACGGCGUUUACGAUGCACCCAGCCAAGAAGGCUGAGGAUCGGCCCAUCCUCGAUGCGAUCGAAUGCAAUGCUAUUCCGACGGCGUUGACGACGGAGCCGAAGCCCUUCAAAGUCGGGUUCAGAGCGAGAAACCCGGAGUUGGUUGAGAGAUGGAUUGCAGAGAGCGAGGAGCGGACAAAAGACCUGAACUAA